AUGAAGUAUAAGCAAGGGCCCACUCUUCUUGAAGAGAAGUCGAUCGAUCUCUGGGCCGACUUUAUCCGCAUUGGUGUUCCUCAUCAUAUGGUAAUGCAUCGGAUUUUUGACAAUCUGGUCAAUACCACCAAGGCAAUCAAGCAAUUGCAUCAUCGCUUUAAGAAUCGGUGCCCAGAAUUCGUCUCUGUACGAGAGCCUGAAGAACCCAAAAAGGUCCCAAGAAUUUCAGUCCGCAGUAAAGCCCUUCUUUUCGAGCUUGAAGACGAUGCCUUCGAAUGGAAGCUUGGGUGUAUAUAUCGGGUCGGUCUCAUUGAGCAGACACAGCGUCUGGCUCGGGAAGAAGCCUUCUCCUUGAAAGAACAGAAGGUCAAGGAUGCUGAUCAACGUCGCCGUGCUUCAUCAAGACUAAGGGCAAAAUCAAGCCAUCGCACACUGCGCAGCGAGCGGGCCAGUCAAGACACCCGCAGAAGUCGGAGUGCUGAUACGCGGCCGAAGGUGGAGGAACCCCCUUCAAGUUCUGCUGAUCAAAAGAUAGCCACUGAUGUGGCUUGGUACCGUCUCCAGCAACACAAUGCUCGUGUUUGGAAAGAGAAAAUAGACUCGGCACUUAAAUUUCAAGGAACGUCUAUCAAAGAGGCCCGCAAUCUCUUUUCUGGCGCAGACGAGCCUCCAGAUGAUAUGAAAGAGACGGAGACUAUCCUUGCCAUUCCUAACAGACCGGGUCUCCUUUGUGCACUCAUCAGUGAUGUUAACCUCGUAAUCGACAAACCCUCAUUCCCCAUUGAAGAAUCAUCCAAAUUCCUUAAUCGGAUUGGAAAAGGAAUGCCAAUCUCCAUGCAAUUUGGGUUGCUCAUUCCAAUGAGUUUUAACCUAGAGAUGGGCGAAGCGCGCGUUACACUGCGAGAUUACCCGUUGGACAUGGUGCAUAUCCCGGGUUUGAGGCCAGGCCAGUCCCCGAGGUUGCCAAGCUGGUCACUUCGAACCAACUUUGUCAUCGCUGAAGAAUACCGCAACCAUGAAUCUGCGAGACAGGUAUCUGUCGAACUCAUUCCGCCAACCGACGCGGCCGAUGGCACUCGCACAGAUCCGUUCAAUCUGAAUGUUUGGCGGUCUGUGACUCCUGUCAAGACGUACUCAGAGCCUGUCAUUGAGAUCAACACAAGCCUGCCGACAAGUAUCUCGUGGGGUGUAUCAUACCAGCCCGUGAUUCAGGAUAUGAUGAAGAUCAUCGAAGGUUUUACUAAGACCGAAAUCGAUCCUUCAGACCGAGUUGGCUUUUGGGAUAAAAUCCGUUUGAGCUUCCAUUCUCGCAUCAAGGUGCUUUGGAAGGAAGAUGGUGAUGUUCACUUGCGUCUCAAGGGAUCUCGCGAUCCAUACGUGGUAACUGGAUUCGGAAGUGGCUUUGUGAUGUGUUGGCGCAGAGAUGUCAAGUGGGAGAUUCACACUAGUGAUAACCCAAUGGAAUUCAUGAGUGUUACUAGUGGUGAAUACGUGCUGGCAAUUCCUGACUACAGCGCGGAAGCUCGCUGGGCGAAUGAAAUGUCCACAGAGGAUAUUGACACCGGUUCAGCCUCAAGUGAACAGAAGAAUGCGGCCCACUUCAAGAAGGUUGUCAUGAAGCUAUCUGGCGAUGUCAAAUGGGUCGCUGGGCUCGUGUUUGAACGUGAUGUUGAUGCAGACUCAAAGUCCUUCGCGUUCAAGCCACAUUACGAUGUCAUUCUCAAAAACCCUAAAUUCGUCACCCCAGAGGAAAAGGAGAGCUAUGAUGCAUACCGCGGCUUCCGAAGUAAUCACAUUCAUCUCUCUAUCUCUGUCAUCGCUCCUCAUACCAGGGAUUGGUCUAUUGAUGGUAUUCAACCAUCAGCGAGCUAUAACACAACCCAUUUAAGCCCUCGAUUCUUCACACACUUCUUCAACUGGUGGUCUCUUUUCUCGGGAGUCAUGUCUCUUCCUGUCCGUCAGGGGCCGCUCUGGCCGGGCGUCACCAAAACGAGUAAGAAGUUUAGUCGACAUUUGGCAACGGUCAAAUACAAGAUCCUUCUCGCCCCUCUAUUCCUCGCCCAUAUCUACAAGCACAAGGACCGCGAAGAUUAUGCGGAGGAUGCCGUGACAGCUACUGGUUUGAAGGUUCGCCUUGAUUGCCUGAAGCUGGACAUUCAUCAGCGACGUGAGCAAAUUAGAACCCAGGCUCGAGGACGCUCUCGGCAAACCAAAACGAGUGCCAUGCGCAUAAAUCAAGCAUUGAUCGAUCUUCAAUCUGCUGAUUUUAGAGCUGUUUCCGCUGAGAUCGAAGGCACGUCAGCGGAAGAUGUCGAAAAGAACAAGGAUGACGUUAUUUCAACCUUCCAACAGCCCGUGGCCUCUGUUGACCUUUCGCGAUUCAACAUUCCUGAUCAAAAUCUCGAUUGGAUUGAUAUGGAUGAUUUCGUCGAGCCCGACUGGAUCCUUCCACAAGAAUCAAACCCGCGCACGCAGAUCUUACCUCUUGCCUUUACGCCACGUUUCACCUAUUUCCGCCAAACAGACCAUGGAGAUAUCGGCCCAGAUGAGACCGGAUACAGCACAUUUGGCUACGAGCCCACUCAUGAAUGUGUCAUGUCUGAGACCAAUGAUCCUCGUCGUGUGCAAAUCGAAUUAGUCCAGGACCGCCUUGCCACAGUGGAUGCUCUGAUUCGUAACUACGAGCGAAUCAUUGGAGAGCAGAAAACUAAGUUGACGAACGAAGCUGAUCAAGAUCCAAGCUUGAAGGAGGAUCACGGAGUCUAUGUUUCUCAGUUUGAUCAGCUCAUCAGGAGGCGAAACUUCCUGAAAUCUACCCUUACCCGGCUGGAGAAACUUCUAGCCCGCGACGAGCGUUCACCUCAUCGUAGCAGAAUGGGUACCAACUCUGCACCGAGUGUCACAUCCUCCAAACUAGGUCUCGAUACGGACUCGACAACUGCAGGUGCCGAUGGCAUCUACUCAUCCGCUGCCAAUGACGAGUUCAACAGCGGGUUCAACAAUCGAUUCAUGAUUCAUAACGUGCAAUUGAAGUGGAACAACUCUCUGCGAAACAUCAUCCUGCGGUACAGUCAUCAAGUGAGUCAACGACGAGGCUUUGUCUACUACAUGUCAAGACGAGCUGUCAAGUUCAUCCUUGAUAUCGUGGAAGAGCAAAACAAGAACAAGCGGAAGAACCCGAAGGUGUCCAAGUCACAAACUCGCAGCGAUAAUGACGAUGAAAACGUGGAGGACCGUAUCGAGCAGCUAUUAAACGAUGCUAAGCGAUAUGUGAAUGCGGAAGAGAGCGAUCAGGCGGCGGAGUCUAGCAAUCAAACGCCGGAGCAUUCGGACGAUUCCAGCGAGAAUAUUGCGCCUGAGUUCACGCCCCAAAACAGCUAUCAUCUGCGUCUCAUUGCUCCUCAAAUCCAGCUCCUUAGCGAAAAGAACAAGAAAGCAGUGGUUCUUGUCGCCGCCAGAUCAAUGGAGCUUAAGGUUGUGUCUAUCAUGGACAAGGAACGUGUCACAGAUGAUGUCAGCGGCCUUGUUCAACGUCGUUUUACUUUAGACAUGGACGGCGCUCAGUUCUUUGUUGCAACGCAGAAGAAUCUCAUGGCAAAUCUGCAAUUCUACGCGGGUAACAAGUACGGCAAUGUGCCAGGGUCCGCAUGGCCUCCUUGGUUGACUUUGGAAGCGAUGUUUGAUUUUGAACUCAAUCCCUUUGGUUUCUCAAGGAUCAUCCAGAAAACAUCGGCUAGCCUUCGCUACGACAAAUACAACAAUCUCCGUCUGAAGUACAACGAGGAGGUCGGCAAGGGCGAUCACAGUACACAAGAAGAGCCUCGAAUGGACCAAAUCAGCGUCGAUUUCCCCCAUUUCCGUGCUAUUUGUGAUUCUGCGGAGUACUAUUCUAUGUACAUCAUUGCUUUGGAUCUUAUGCUUUACAGUGAACCACUCGAGAAGGUUCGGAACGAGCGUCUGGAGAAGAUCAUGCUCACAUCUGACUUCAGCGAUCUUCGCGGCGCCCCUGAAGCAGUCUUUAGGCUGCAAGCCCGUAUCCGCCAACUGGAAGACAUCAAAGAGUACUUCCAGAUCAAUGCCAAGUACCUGGACAAGCAAGGCUGGGAAGACCGGUUGGCUCUGGAGCGCGACAUUGCGCAGUGCGAAGAUGAGCUUUUCUUCAUGAUGAAGGCCAUCACUACCUCCCAGCAGCGACGGGUGGAGCCGAGUGCGUCAACAAAUGGUGUGCUACGUUGGAGCAUCUCCGCGAGCGAAGUCGUGUGGCACUUGAUGAAGGAGAUGUCUGCACCCCUGGUGGAGUUCCAGCUUAAGAAUGCCCAAUAUGAGCGGACAGAUAACGCCGACGGGUCAAAUUAUAAUUUAGUUUCCGUCGAGCGACUGAGUGGUUUGAAUCUGCUUCCUGAUGCUAUUUAUCCUCAGAUCAUCGCCCCAUACUUCGAUCAACCGCGACCUCUGGAUGAGCCCAUGCUUCGAGUCAAGUGGCACAAGCUGGAAGCUGUGGCUGGGAUCCCAGUUGUUGAUGACUUUGAAGUUUCGCUUUUCCCGCUCAAGAUUCAAUUGGAGCGUGAACUCGGUCAGAAACUCUUUGAAUACAUCUUCCCAAACAAUGUGAAGACUAUUGACAGGUCCGACGACGAAGCCGAUGAUGAGGAUUCAAAUGAUAACUCGAUGUCAUAUUCUAUCAGCACUGACGGCGAUAAUGUGUCAAUGGAUGAUUUGCAAGGAUCGCAAGGCCCUGGCUCCAUUGAGUUGAGACUGCAGCCCACCUUGUCGCUCUCAGAACAAGGUCGAUCGUCAUCAAAGACCCGGCGUUCCAGUCAUGCACGAGGCCUUGCUAUGACCCCUCUUCAUAGGCCAAAUAGCCGACUGGGGGUAAACGAUUCUUCUAGGCAGCUGCCACGUCCUGCGACUACUGGUGGAUUGUCUAAGAAGAAAUCGGGAGACAGUCUUCGUAUGACUCUGACGAAACAACCCACGGAGCGAUCGCUCUCUAGUGUAAGCAUGAACGAGGAGAAGAAGAGAUUCGGCGUCAAGGGAUCCAAGAGCGGCAAAUCAAAAGAGCCUACUGACGAUCUGUCCCAAAUGAUGUCGCGAGCAUCGAACUACAUGACUCUGGCGCGUGUUAAAGUCCAUGAUGUUGUCAUCUGCAUGAGCUACAAAGGAAAGGGCGAACACAACAUCGAAGAUUUGCACAAUUUUGUCUUCCGCCUGCCAGUUCUGGAGUACAGUAACAAGACAUGGUCUAACUUGGAUCUCGCCUUACGCCUGAAGAAGGACGUUAUCAAGGCGCUCAUUUCACAUGCCCCUGCCAUUCUCGGAAACAAAUUUUCUCAUCAUCGUCCUUCAAAACAACAGCAGAAGCGGCUGCGUGAACUUGCUUCCUCUUCUCAGCUUCUUCCCAGCUCACAAAACCCACCGACCUCGAACCCUUCUUACUCUAGCAGUUUGGCCACCCCGGACUCCAAUAGCGAAGUGUCUGAUCCUUCGCGCAAAUCAAUGCAAUCAAAUGCCUCGCCACUGGCACGAUCUGUUUCCUUCAACUCGGAGGAACGGGGCAACAAUGAUACCGAAGAGGAUGACCCGCCGAUCUCGGACUCCCGAUCCGCUAAUGAAGUGGAUGUGGAUUCUCGUUGGGAGGAGUCUCGUCGCCAUGUCAAUUCUGGGAGACCCAUGACUGCUGCCGGCCAUACAAUGACCACCGUGGAGUCUAAUGGGACAGAACGCGAUGAUUCCCAUAAACGGACAAUCCGAAAUAUUGGGCGAAAGCUUACUUUCCGCAAAUAA